ACCCGGUGGGGUUCGCCUCGCGGUGGACCGAACACUGGGAAGUUAUGAGGGUGCGCAUGCUCGCCGCGGCGACAGCCAAUCCGUGGACGGGGCGCAUGGACACAGCGCUGUUCGCCGGGACCCUCUGGGAGGGAAGCAGGCAACAGGGCAAAUCGCUCGCCUCCGACCCUCACCUCGGCCUCAACUUCAGUAUGCGCAAGUGGGGCCAGCGCGGCGGCACCGUCCCGCUCGAGGAGCACUGCAGGCACAAGUAUCUGGUGCACUUUCUCGGCCUCGCCAACGGCUACUCCAACCGGCUCAAGUACCUCCUGCUCUGCGGCUCCACAGUCAUCUACGUGGGCAUCGGCGCUGCAAAGGCGAUCCCGCACGAGUUCUACGAGGCGAUCCUCACCCCGGGCACCCACUUUGCCUACGCGGAAACCGCGUCCGACCUGCCUGCGGUGAUGGCGCGCCUCCGCUCGGACGAAGCGCUCGCGCGAAGGAUUGCGCAGACUGGGCAAGCGGCGAUGCGGCGGCUGGACUGGGCCACGGUCAUGUUGAGCCCGGUCGUCAACAACGCGGUCGAGCACAUUACAAAUGCUGCAGCAAAAGCGAUGCCAGAAAACCCGUCGGUGUUGAUACCACUCAUCGUCCCAGCACUGAUUGUCGUCUGGCUGAUACUCGACCCCGAUUGCUCGGACGGCACCCUAAACCUUGUGCUGCUCAAGCUUCUCUUCGCCACGUCGGCCUCGCUGAUGAUUGGUUGCCACGCCGGCCUCUACUUCCGGAUCGCACGGCUGAGCGACGCUGAAAUGGUGACGCUCCCGUCCGGCGACACGGUGACGGCCGCCGAGCACGACCGCCGCGAGUGGUUUAAGCUGCUCCAGCAGGCGGCGGUGGGCAUACCAAUGACCUUGAUGAUUGGCUUCAGUUGGAAGGCCUCGAUCGCGCCAUUUGUGCAAUCCUUCCACCUGCCCAUCAACAUGCUGACGCACAACCUCUGCAAAGUCCACCUGAUGGGCGAGGAGCCAGUUGGGAAGCUGGCCCGGCCGUGGAAGGUGCCGCUAUCGCCAUUCGCUGAGUACAUGACCUCAAAGUUUGGCACGCAGAGCGGCGAGUCAACAAACGAGGCAACGCCCACCGCAGGAGGGAAGAAGGAGAGGAGCGGGUCGAGCAAGAAGGGGAGGUGA